AUGGCCCUGCAGUAUCUGAGCAAGAACGCUUUGCCGAAGACCCAAAUCACCACUCUGCCCAACGGCUUCACGGUUGCUUCCGAGAACGACCCGUCGGUCAAGACCGCCACUGUCGGCGUGUGGGUGAACUCGGGCAGCCGCAGUGAGACCGCCAAGGACAACGGCUCUGCUCAUUUCCUCGAGCACAUGGCCUUCAAGGGCACUGCCAACCGCUCGCAGCACGACAUCGAGCUCCUUAUCGAGAACAUGGGCGCGCACCUGAACGCCUACACCUCGCGCGAGCAGACUGUGUACUACGCCAAGGCUUUCGAGAAGGACGUGCCCCAGGCGGUUGAGGUUCUGUCGGACAUUCUGCAGAACUCGACCCUCAACGAGGGAGCGAUCGAGCGCGAGCGCGACGUGAUCCUGCGCGAGCAGCAGGAGGUCGAGAAGGUCAUGGAGGAGGUGGUGUUUGACCACCUGCACGCGACGGCGUUCCAGAACAGCCCGCUCGGAUACACGAUCCUGGGCCCGCGUGAGAACAUCCUGUCGAUCACGAAGAAGGACCUGGAGCAGUACAUCUCGCGCAACUACACGGCGGACCGCAUGGUUCUUGUUGGCGCCGGCGGUGUCAAGCACGAGGAUCUGGUGAAGCUGGCCGAGAAGCACUUUGGUUCGAUCAAGACCAGCGAGAGCCCGGUUGCUCUGGCGACCCGCAAGGACGCUCCCCCGCGCUUCUGGGGCUCGGAUGUGCGCGUCCGCAACGACGACAUCCCGGCUGCUCACAUUGCGCUGGCCGUCGAGGGCGUCGGAUGGACCCACCCCGACUACUUCUCGAUGCUCACAUUGCAGUCGCUGAUCGGCAACUGGGACCGGUCGCUUGGUGCCCCGGCCAACGUCAGCUCGCGUCUGUCGCAGAUUGUGCAGAAGAACAACCUGGCCAACUCGUUCAUGUCGUUCAACACGUCGUACCAUGACACCGGCCUGUGGGGUAUCUACAUGAACUCGGAGAACAUCACCAACCUCGACGACCUGGUUCACUUCACCCUCAAGGAGUGGGCUCGCCUGUCGACCUCGGUCACCGAGGCCGAGGUUGAGCGCGCCAAGCAGCAGCUCAAGGCGUCGCUGCUCCUGAACCUCGACGGCACCACUGCCGUCGCCGAGGACAUUGGCCGCCAGAUCCUGACCCACGGCAAGCGCAUGGAGCCUGCCGAGGUUGCCGCUGCCGUCGACGCCAUCGACGCCGACAAGGUCCGCAAGGUUGCCUACGAGCGCCUGUGGGACCAGGAGGUCGCUGUUGCCAGCGUCGGCAGCAUCCAGGGCAUGCCCGACUUCAUGCGUAUCCGCUCGGCCAUGUCGUGGAUGCGUGCGUAA